ACGCACCACUUGCUUUUUCCUCCAAAGUAUGUUAUAUUAAGUUUCGGGAAUCUUCAAGUGUUGGUGUGGCCCAGCAUCUAACAAACACGGUUUUUAUUGACAGAGCUCUGAUAGUUGUGCCCUGCGCUGAAGGUUGGUAUUUCAGAUUAUACCUUUGUUUUGAUAGUCUCUGUUCUGUCAGUUUGUUGCUUGUGUUUUUUCAGCAUCUGGGAAGGUGUUGAAGAUAUUACUUACCUUGCUUUUCUUGUAAUAGAAAUGAAUUUGGUAGGAAGGAAGACACUUUUCUUUUUAAAAAGUUUUAUGGAAUUUAAAAAUAUGUGUUACAUUAGGUUUGAAAUGUGUGGGCAUUUUCUCUUAUGAAAUGUGGUCAUGUUUCAUUUAUCUUUUGCAAGGAUGAACAUUUGCUUCUUUAACUAAAACUGCACACUGACAACUUCAUCCUAAAAUUGUCCUAGCCAUCUGUCUGAAAAGGAAUGGGCAACACAGAUGGAAGUGAAACUACAUCAGAAAAUUCCAAUCACAUAUUCACACAUCUCUGAAACAGUAGGAGCUAGACCCUACUUUCUUAUUUUGGUUGUAAGCUAGGAUUCUCAGGAUUCAAAAACAAUGGUAGUUUAUUACUUGGGUGGGCUUAAUUUGAGUAAUGGUGUAGCCCAUCCUAAUGACUCAUUAGUAAUGCAUUCCAAAGUUUGAGUUGUUAGCAAAUAACUGGGUGGUUCUCUAGAUUUUGUUGUUGUUGUUUAGUCGUUUAGUCGUGUCCGACUCUUCGUGACCCCAUGGACCAUAGCACGCCAGGCAUUCCUGUCUUCCACUGCCUCCCCAGUUUGGUCAAACUCAUGUUUGUCUCUAGAUUAAAUCUCUAGAUUUAAUGUGACCAUAAGUAUGCCUUUAUGCUGCUUUCACAAUUGUGUAGCAAAUCACCUUGUAAUGUUAAGGACUGCUUCAGCUGCUCAGAUAAUAAAUGAUAGAUCCACUAAUAGCUUUGGUUCUGUUAGCUGCAUAGGUAUAUAUCUGAAUUCCAGUUCUCUAGUCAUAGUUUAGACAGGACAAAAUUCUGUCAGAAUACCUUGCACAUGUGGGAAGGUACAGAGAUAGGGAAUUGUUCCUGCAAAACCUAGUUGGUAUAAAGGAAAUGUCUCAAAAGCAUCAGCCAAGAUCCACAGGUGCAAUUAACUCCUAUUGUUUGGAUAGAAAUUCAAAGGUGAUCUUGGCCAGUGAGCAGAAGGGAAAUGAAAGGGAGUAAAUAAAACAAAAUUCUAAAGGUGGUCUUGUGAGCCAAGGAUGGAGGUCAUUAACUCAAGAUACUACUUACAGGCUUAGAGCAUGGGGGGAAUUUAACCUAGUACCAAGAAUAUCGCUUUGUGAGCACAAGCAUUUCUGUGCCCCGUGCACUGUUCUGGGAGUUCUCCCCAAACCCCCAAGCCAAUUUCAGGUGCAUACUUGUGGCAGGGUUGGGGGAGAGGCCCAUUGCACUAGUGGAAAUGCUUGUGCUGUUGUCUGCUAUCAGGACCAGUUAGUUGAAUCCAUUCCUAUGUGUUCAGAACAUGUAUCAAACAUUUUGGUACUAAGCUUCAGGGUUUCAAUUCCAAAACAGAUAAACACAGUGCAGAUAUAUAAACGUAUCCUUGUAGUAGAACUUUCCUAUAACAGAGAAAGGUAAUACAUCUAUUGAAAUUUAUUGACCCUUAUUUCUGCUCUCUAUCCUGAACAGUUUUCAAGAAUUCUUGCAUAUUUUCAGAAUUAAUAAAACCUGCAGUCUUUUUUCUUAAAUUCAUAACUAUGUUACAUUAUCAUUACCCAGUUACAUUGCUAAUUGAAAUGUUUUAUUAUGAUAAAUAAAUAUGACUUUGGUGACAUAAUCUCAAAUGCAGUAGAAAAAGUGCUUCUGUGCCAUAUCACAUGCUUGAGUGUCAGGUCUUCUAGCAAGAUUGUUUGAAGUUGUGGAGCACAAUUGACAUGGCUUUCUGCAGCUUGGAGAGUAUGCCUUCCUGUGGACCUCAGAAUUUCCUUUUAAAAAUAUUGAUAUAUGGCUCUUCUGAUUGUGGAAAUUAAUAUGUGCUAAGAGCACAAAAAAAUAAUAAAAGAGCUAUCAUGGGAGUUUCUGUUUGAGAGUUGGGUUACUGUGUUCUUUACUUACCAUUUCCCUUUCUGCACUUAAACUUUAAUGAUGUUCCAUACUUUUUGCUAAAAUAUAACUAAUUUGUGAAAUCUUUGCUUUAGAACUGGGUAAUGUCCACAUGUAGGGCAGUAUCUAACUAAGUUGAUCCAUCACAGCAAGGUAGAUGACUUGUGCAACUGAUGCUUCUAAUCACCUGCCCGCCAUGCUCCCUAAAUCUAUUCCUCCAGGGCAGAUUUGGAGAGGGCACUGGAUGCAUGUGGGGAGGAAGUUAUGUUACGCAAGCAGAAAUCCUUGUGCUGGUGAAAGGAGUUAGUUGGAUACUGCCCAUACCAUCCAGUAUGGAUUUUUAAUAUAAAGUGUGCAUGGCAUUACAGUUCUGUUCUUAGUAUAUAUGUUCCAAGAAACAAAACCUCUCUUCUUCCCUCUGGCAAAGCAGGAAUACAUGCAUUUCUGGAGUAGGGAGAUCUGUGCCUACUCUUACCUAUAUGUUGCAGAUACAUAAGAACAAAAUUUUCAGCGGUUAAUUCUAAUGCCUUGAAAGUACCAUUAACCAAUCAGUUAUGCCCUUUGUUUUAGUUUUCAAUAGUUUUCAUUUGCGGCUCUGAGUUGGUUCUUAGCAUGGUUUAUUCAGGGAAGGGAAGGCACCACUUGUUGGCAUCCGUCUGUCUGGAGAGACAAUGGAGUGCACCUCCAGGGGUGAAGUGAAACCGCUGUGUUAGCAGCACCAAAGUGACCUCCCUUGGGUGCAAGCCUGGGCAGUAUGCUUGGAUGUCCUGGGCUGCCCAGAUGGCAAGACCUCUUGGCCUCACUGAUAUGAAAUACACCAAAGCACUGUUUUAUCCCAUUCCUGGUAUACCCUGACUAUAGUACUAUAGCUAGGAUUAUUGUGGGGGGCCUUAGACUCAGACAGCAUGGCUUUAGUCCAACAGCAUCUGGGGAGCCACAGGUUCUGUACCCUGGUGUUAUUGGAAUAGCUUCACCAAACUAAAACCAAAUUUCUAAAAGUCGAGAGAGUAUUUGAAGGUUACUUACCUUUAUCUAAGAUGGUUAUUCUUUGUUUUGGGACUGAUACUUUGGGCAUGGAGAAGAACAGUUUUUAUAUUUUAUACUUGCCUAUCUGAUAACGACACUGUUACUGUACCAAGAACAAAUGAGUGUCCUAUACUACCCCACUUUCAUGGUCUGUCUUCUGCUCUCUUGUAACUUUCAUGAGAGAAGAAUAGCUAAGCACAUGAGAUAGAACUACUGUAUUUCCAACUAGUAAAGGUAAUAAAACCAACCCUCCAGCUAGAAAGUGGCUGGUGAGGAAGGGAUACCCUGGGGACUAUAAAAAAGAGGAUCCUUCUUCCUUUUGUUUCCUUGUAGCCAACUGCUCCAGGGGGCUUGGUGGUGCUUCUCUACCCUGUUAUUUCUGCUGAUACGUUGUUGGAAGACAGGGUUAUGUGCAAUAAAAUGACACAUAAACUUGUUUGCAUUCUUACACAAAGCUUACACAAUGUUUAAUGUGUGCAAGUUUACACCCAAAGGUGACUUUCCAGAGAGACACAAUGUCAUAAUGAAAUAUCUAGAGUCAAUAAUAAAUAGAAUAAAUGCAUAUAUACAUAGUGCUGAUCAUGAAUGCUGUGUUUGGGUACAGUUUACAAUUCUAGAAAGCAUACAUUACCUAUUUAAACCUGUAAAUGGAUAUAAAGAACAUGUUGAAAUAAUGGACAUCUAUCCUGACAGUGUAAACUGCCUUAAAAAUUGCUGCUUGUGCAGCUUCUUAAAUAGCACUUACAGUGCAAUCCUACACAACUAUACUCAAAGAGUUCAAGGUGGCUUACUUUCAGGUAAGCUUGCAAAGGAUUUCAUCCCUAAUUAGGACUGGUAGUCCAGGCAGGCAAGGAAUUUCUAAGAUGUCGUUUUCUGAAGUGGAACAUCUCAACAUAGUUCUCUAAUUAUGUGUUUUUUAGACUUAGUAAGAAUUCCAAAUGGUUUUAGUUAGAAAAUGCAUAGGCUGGACAAUGGUUAAAACUUCAUGGACAUCUUCCUUGAAUUUACCUUCGACCAAAUGAGGAAAAGGAGCAGACUGUAAGAGCACUGGUAUAAUGUGCUGUGUUUUAUCUACGCUUGCCUACUAGUGGCUGAUGUUGCAUAAUAAUUUUCUUGCGGGAAUGAUAAUUGUCUAGAAACCUGUCAUAGAAGGAUAUUGGGGGUGUGUGUGAAAGAAGGAAUUCAACAGCUUUUUAAAAAAUACUUCUAUUCUGUCUGUCAGAAACUAUUCUUCUCUGAAGGCCCGCACUGGGCAUUAAACUGGUGUUCAAUGUGUAACACAAACACACUUCACCACUAUUCACAUUACUAACCAACAUUGUGACUUUGGCAAAAAAUAAUAAUCAAAAAUCAUUACAUUGUAUGUAUAACUGAAAUCUCUCUUGAAAAAACUUGUUCUUGUUUGAGAGAGGCCAAUAUUGAAAUGUAUCAGAGAUGCUACUUUUAACCAUCAUUCUGAACUUUUUUAUGUCCACAUUUUCUGGAAGAUGGAUUUUGACUAUUAAUUUGGUUUUGUAUGUUUUCUCUGUGUGAUAUUUGUGCAUUAUUAGAUGACUAGACUGGCCAAGGCAGACCUGUUACACUUGCCUGAGUUAGGCAUUGUUUGCCAUGCCACUAAACCUGCCGCCAAGUGACAACUUCAUGGGGGAAUGAGAGCGGAGUCUGGCCUGCAGAAGAUGGACGCCCUGUCUCUGUUUUUAUUAUUUUAUUUUGCUUUCUUUUCUCUUCUUUUUGUUAAUUUUGUCCCUUUUUUGCUUUAAUUCUUUCAUUUCUACCUGUGAGCUGGUUCUUCAGUUCUGUAAAAAUGGUGUUCUGUUAUAAGAGUUCAUGAUUCAUUUUAAACUUGACCCUAUUAAAUUGUUCAUAGAUCAACCAAAAAUUCAAGAGUUUAGACUUUGUAGAUGCAAUCCUAAACAUGCAUAGUUAUAAAUAAAAAGAUGAAUAAAAUUAAUAGGGAUUACGUCUGAGUAAAUCUGGCUAGAAUUGGAUUAUUUGAAAAGCAAAGUGAUCCAUUUGUUUCCAUUGGCUCAUAUUAUUGAAGCUUUUAGAUAUAUGUGGCUUUUCUGGACUACAAUCUGAAGACUGUCCUCUGAAAAUACUUCCCCCUCCCUUCCCAGAAGCUCUCUUACUAAGCAACCAUAGAAAGUUGGUUGCCCGUAUCUAAAAAGAUAAUGGCUCUCUUCACAUGUUCACUGAGUUGUGUGGGAGCCACUUUCCCACUAUGUUCUUGGUGGCAGUAUGUAUAUGAAUGCUGAAACCAUAUGAGAGAGCUCUGUGAGGAAAAUGCUUCCACAUGGUUGGGUGAGUAUGUGAACGGGGGGACAUUGUUUUUUCAAUACUUAUACAUGGCCUGUUCAAUUGGCUGUUGUAUUAUUUAUUUUGAAAAUAAAUAAAUAAUACUAAUAAUAUUCUUAAUUAAUUUCUAAAAAAAAUAGGAGAAAGCCCGGAAAACACUCAAUUGUGAAUUGAAGGUGAAGUAUUGACCAGUGUUUGUUUUAUAUACUGUCUUCUCUUUACUGUAGCAUUCUAUGGGAAGACGGCAAGCAGGACUAAUUUUUCUCUUGCAUCUUGAGUUGGCACAUGCUUAUGGCAUACUCUUAGAUACAGCAGAGGCACGCCAUAGAAGUGUUUUCAUUGUCAAGUUCGAAUAUUUUCUAUGUAAACCUCUCAAGAAAAACACCAACAUUCUUCUGUUACAUUUCUCUGAAGUAGAAACGAGCACAAAUUGAUAUUGUCAUCUCUUUCAUUGUUCUCUUUUUCAAUAAAGAUUUUUGAAAUUUGUGGGAAUUUUAUGUAAGCAGCCAAGGAAUUAUAUUGUUAAAAAUAGACCCUCCUGAAGUUGCUGAUUUUGCUAACAGGCCAAAAUUUACAGUUAUUCUAAAGCAGGCAUCCCCAAACUGCGGCCCUCCAGAUGUUUUGGCCUACAACUCCCAUGAUCCCUAGCUAACAGGACCAGUGGUCAGGAGUGAUGGGAAUUGUAGUCCAAAACAUCUGGAGGGCCGAAGUUUGGGAAUGCAUGUUCUAAAGCCACUUGAAUAUUUUUUUUAAAGCUAUAAUGAUUACUUCAAGUGAGGGUAAGACACCAGAGGUUUUAAACUGACAGUAGUAAAUUGACACAAAUAAUUAUAGUGAUCAAUCAGUUUAAAAUGACAUGGUCUAGCUCUGAAUGAAUGCGAAGUGUGUGUGUGUGUGUGUGUGUGUGUGUGUGUGUGUGUGUGUGUUUGCUUGCUUCUGCGCGUGCACACUUCAUAUCAUUGCUUUUAAGAAUGUCAUUUUAGCCAUUGACAAUGCUUAGUGUUUUAUACAUAGAAAGGAGUUUCAACAAAUAUGGAUAUCUUUUGUGGAGAUUGAAACUACUGAAAUAUGUUUUUAUUUUUUGUGGACUUUUAACUCCAUUCAUCACUAAGCUGAGAAAUAUAUAAAUAUAAGUAUAGUUAGGAACAAAAGAUACUCUUUAGGUAAAGAAUAAUUUUGUUGCAGAGAAGUUGUAGUCGUGUGUGAAACUAGUUUUCUGGAUGCUAGUUUACGUUUAGUAGUUUCGUUCUGAUCAGAAAUAGAAUUUUUGAUGUUUCAGUUUUGAUGAUGAUUUUUGUUUUCUAGUAAAGUCUGAAAAAGGCUUUACUUGUAGUACUUAAGCUUGGAAAUGGUCUUACUGUAUUUAUUCCCAUUGAUUUUUAUCCAUGUAUUAUCUUGAUCUUGAAGCAUCCUACCAGAACACUGAUGUACUUGAAUUUUAUCGUAGUCAAGAGACACUGGCUAAUUCAUGUGUACGUCUUAGACCAUAAUUUGGUUCCUACACAUGAGCCUUGUAUCUUGCCCAAGAAAAAUCAGAAAUAAUUGAUCUCUAUCUGGAUAAGAAGCUAUUACUAUUUUAAUUGUAAUGCUUUAUUGCUGUCUUAGUAUUGGCUUUGGUUUAUUUUGUAAUUGUAUGCUUCACAAACUCAGAUUGCCUUGAAAAUCACAGUUUAGGUCUUCAGCCAGCUUCUAGUGUAGCAGCCUUCCAGAAGUUAAUGCAGUAGUUUGAAAGUUUGCCCCAUAUUAUGUAUUUGAUUGUCUAUGGAAGUGACGACUGUAGCAGUAGGAGAGGGGCAGAUAGGAUGUUAGUGGGCAGGGAUUUAAAAAACUACCAAAAGGGUCUGUCUAUCUCUCUUUGGAAAUGUCAUUAAAACACCAGGUGCUUUGAGGGCUCAGUGGUUUAGAUUGGUUGUUGUUACUUUGACGAGUACACUUAGUGUUACUUCAGACAAAGGUGACUUCUAGGCAGAGUGCUUUGCCAUGUGCAGGUAAUAAUUUCUGGUCAGCUUUUCAAAUAAUUCUGGUUUGUGUGUGUUAGAACUUUUUAUGGCUCUUUAAGUUGCUGAAGCUUAAAUGGAAAUUACAAUACAGUAUUUAGCAGCUCUUAGGAUAUCUUAAGGAAAGACUAAGUGGGUUAAACUUAAAGCACGCUUUAGUCAAGUUCAUUUUAGGUACCGGUAAUAAUCUAGUGCAGGCAGUGGUUGAUUAUAAUUAGUACUAAAUGUUGGGUUAAGAUCCCAAACAUAUAGUGACAUUAUUGUUUAUUUUACUGAGGAUCAGCCAUGCUUCCAAAGAAAAUAUAUAGAGACACCAGCAGAACUUAUUGUCACCUGACAAAUAAAGAUGCCGGACAGGUAGUCAAACUACCUUAGUUAUGUUUAUUUGAUGAAGGUAUAGUGCUUAACAAUAGUUUAGGCACUCAGACAUAAAUGCUUAUGUCCGCAUUGGACCAAUGAGAUUGAACAAAUAUUUUGGUAAAUGCCCCACUACCUCCGGAUGUUAAGGAAACUGUGGGUAGUUGAAGUACCUAAGCUACAAAUCAGUGCGGUUCUAGGUUUCUUGCCUUGCUUGAGUUGUUGUACCGGACUGACGAAAGGCAGUCAUCUGGUAACAUUUUUCACUCAGCUAUUUUAGCAGACAAAAAGGGCUGAUUGUGGUUAGCACACUCCUAUUUCCUCUUUUUUUUCCUUUUGACUGAUUUGGUUAUUUGCCAUUUCUGGGGAUUAAACUUUAAAAAAUGUUCUUCUUUUCUGUAUCUGAUGUUCUGUGUGCUAUUAGUGAUGCAGCCAACACGAACGGUUGUCAUGUGUAACACAACUUUCGAUCACCGUGAAAACAACGUCCUGCGAAAGCGUCCAUGCUUGAUAUCGUUUGGUUCAUGAACAUUAAGUUUCCAGUACAGGUAAAAUUCCAGAUGAAGCCAAAGCCCUCUCCCUCUUGGCUCCUGCUCCUACAAUGACAAGCCUGAUUCCUGGUGGAGGGUUGCUUCCUAUACCAACACCACCCGUGAGUUCAAUUGGUAUUUCUCUUGGUCCACUGGGUGCGAUACCAGCAGCAGCGUUGGAUCAUAAUAUUACAGCCAUUGGAGACAUACCGCAGCCGCCCAUUAUGGGCAAUGUGGAUCCUUCCAAGAUUGAUGAAAUUAGGAGGACUGUAUAUGUUGGAAACUUGAAUUCCCAGACUACUACAGCAGAUCAGCUUCUUGAGUUUUUUAAGCAAGUUGGAGAAGUCAAGUUUGUGCGGAUGGCAGGCGAUGAGACUCAACCAACACGUUUUGCUUUUGUCGAGUUUGCUGACCAAAAUUCUGUUCCUCGAGCCCUUGCAUUUAAUGGAGUUGUGUUUGGAGAUAGGCCGCUGAAGCUCCAUACUGGUUCCUGUCCUGAAAUAAAGACCACGGGCAACUCCAGCUCUAGAGAUCAGAGAAUAAAUCACUCCAAUAAUGCAAUAGUGAAGCCUCCUGAAAUGACACCACAAGCUGCUGCUAAGGAGUUAGAAGAAGUGAUGAAGCGUGUACGGGAAGCCCAGUCUUUUAUAUCUGCUGCUAUUGAGCCAGAGUCUGGAAAGAGCAGUGAAAGGAAAGGUGGUCGGUCGCGCUCCCAUUCACGUUCAGUAUCCAGAUCUAGUUCAAAAUCUCGAAGGAACAGAUCACAUUCAAAACGCAGGAGUAGAUCUCGUGACAGAUCCCGCUCCAGCCAAAAGGACAGAUGCGAUAGAUCCCGCUCCAGCCAGAAGGACAGACGGGACAGAUCCCUCUCCAGCCAGAAGGACAGACGGGACAGAUCCCGCUCCAGCCAGAAGGACAGGCGCAGAUCCAAAACUCCACCCAAAAAGCGCUCAAAAUCUAAAGAAAGGCUGAGAUCAAGAAGCCGGUCGCCUUCUCGGGAGAAGAGGAAGGAAAGCAAAGAGAGGAUCAGAGAGAGGGAAAAGAUUAGUAAAGAAAGAGACAGAGAGAAGGAAAAAGAGAAGGACCGAGACAAGGAUAAAGACAGGGGCAGGGAGAAGGAAAGGGGCAGGGAGAGGGAGAGGGACAAAGAGAAGACCAGGGAUAGAACCAAAGAUCGUGCAAAAGAUAAGGACAAGGACCGGGAGAAGGACAAAGACUGGGAGAAGGAGAAAGACCAGGAGAAGGAAAAAGAAAGAGACAAAGAGAAAGUGUCAGACAUAGAAAAAGACAAGACAGAGGAUCUGGACAAAGUCCGAGGGAGGGAAAAAGAGACGGAGACUGAGAAGGAGGAAGACAAGGAGAAGGAUAGCAAAGAACAGCUAAAAGAAAAAGAGGAGGACAAGGAGAAAGACCAAGAGAUAGAAAAAGCAGAGGAGAAAAGCAGUGAAAAGGAAAAAGAGAAGGAAGCAGAAAAGCCAAAAGAUAAGGACAAGGAAGGAGAGAAGGCAAAAGACCGAGAUAAGGAGCGGGAAAGAGAGAGAGAAAAAGAGAGAGAUGAAAAAAGGAAGAAAGAAAAGAGAUCCAGGACACCCCCCAGAAGCUACAGCUCCUCAAGAAGAUCACGAAGUUCCAGCAGAGAUAGACGGAAGAGGAAGAGCCGAAGUCCCUCAAAGUCUCCAAGAUCAUCUAAAAUUACAAAAAGGAAAUCCUCUCGAUCUCCAUCUCCAAGGAGAAAUAAGAAAGAGAAAAAGACCGAUAAGGAGAGAGACCUGAGUGAUGAUAGAAGAGAGAGGGAGCGGUCUACCUCCAAGAAAAAGAGUAGCAAAGACAAGGAUGUUAAAGAGAAAUCUGAUAAAACCACAACUUUGAAGGAUAAAGAUCUGAGUAAAGAGAACCAAAAUUCUGAAAUUGACAAAGUAGAAAAGGAAGACACACCUGUUGCAGAAGACGUCAAACUACAACAAAAUGGGAACUGCCAACCAAAUGAAGAAACCCUCUCAGUUAAAACAGAAGAUGUGUAGAGGACUGAAUGGACCUCUGACCCAACUGUGGAAAGAGACAAAGCUUCUCCUCCUCUCCCCCACAACCCACCAAAAGAAGAUAAAAAUUACCAAGCAAUCAACCGGACAUGUUGUAUUGUGCUAGCAGCACUCCGGGUUCUUCGGGUGGUUUGGUCAACUUGAAGAUGAGCAAGAAGCAGCACUGACCAGUACGAUCUGCUGCAACAAGAGCCAACAGCAUUGGAUCUGAUCAUCUGUAGAAAUCCAUGCAUUUCAGUGAUGAUAAGACUGGUUGACAGCUGUUACAAAUAAGUGGAAAGCUGUAAUCUGUACUACCCACAAAAGUUGCUGGGGAUGCUUUCAAAGUUGUUAAAAUAUUGGUAGUUUGAAUUUUUUGUUUUGCUUUGUGGGUUUUUAAACUAAACUCAAUGUGAUAUGUUUUGAUAAUGUGCUUGAAAAUGGUGCAGAGAUACACAUGCUUCCCUUGUUGUUGUACAUGACAGUGAUGACAAGUUUUAUCCUAACAGUUUUACAGUUACUGUGUUUAUGCCCACAAAGGCAAGUGAAGAUUCUUUAAUUUGUUGCUUGUGACUUUCUUUUUAUAUUUUUAAGUAAUUUCCUUAUAAGACUAAAAGCUUUCUCUUACUAGUAGUUGAUCAAUGCAUGCUAAUGUUCAGAUUCUAGAAAGAACGGCCAUGUUUAUACUAGAUUUCCAUUCUUCCAACUAUAAGCACAUCUCUGUAGUAAUCUCCAAACAACAGGCUUCGUUUUGAGCUAUAUUGUAGUGUGUCCAGUCACCUGCAAAUAGGACAGAGACCCAUGACAAGAUUGUUUCGUUUUUGAGUUGGGAUGUGGGAGCACAAGCUAAUGCUUUAGUGCCUUCUUUGAAACACAGAAUAGUGAUUCCUAGGAAUUACAUGUUAUUUAAUCCCCUCUUUGUCUAAUCCUUCAUCUUCUAGAUGGUUCUAUCACAAUAGUAGGUAAGCAUCUGAGAAGUCAGCCUUGUGAGUACACUUGGUGGUUAUUUGAUAACAGAUUGAAGAUAUGUUUAAAUGGGGGAAAAGGUCAUAGCUGAAAUCAAGAUUCAAGGAUCAUCAUAGUGGAUGUGGCCCUGUCUGCAAUCCAGUUAUCCUAUAAAUUAACUAUAGUGUAUGCCAAACUGAACAGUUCUAAAUAAACAUAUAUCACGGGUUGUGGACUGGGCAUCAAAAUCAAAAGUGCCCUUUAAAAGUGCCCUUUUAAAAUAGUUAUCUUCUGGACAUUUUAAAGUGUUUCUUCAUUUCUAACACCAGUUGUGAAGCAUGACAGGGACAGCUUGCAAGUUCUCCCUGGAGAAGACAUAAUCACUCAGAUUCCUGUUUACUUGUUGGAAAAUAGCCUGUAAGAGAACAGCAUCUGACAAAUGCAACUCCUCUCUGAAUUCAUUUCAGCAUUGUAAGACUGACAACAAAAGGUUGUACCCUAAGAUAAGAUUACACUAAAAUCAAGAACUGCUUUGAAUACAACACAAUCAAAUUGCCUUACCUCACCAGAAAGCGAUGGAAAAGCCAAGUAAAAACUAGUUUUCAUUUUGUGUUCUCUAAAUUGCACUUAAUGCAAAUGUAAACCUUUUAUGGUAAAUGGAAAAAUUAAAACAUGCUGUAAGGAAAUGAAGCCCAUUGAUUGUGACUGCUUUAAUAGCCCUUUGUUUUUUGCUAUAGUCAAAAGUUUUUUUUCCUCUCCUUUUGGCCUCUGUGUACAUUAAAACUAUAGUGAAUGCUUUA